UAAGCACCUUGGAGACACGAUGGAUAGUUAACAUGUCGUCAUGGCGACGAGAGGACGCAACGGGGGGGACGUUAAUAAUGAAUGCAGAGCAACUGAUCGUCAACGCAAACAAACACGCGGCGAUCUUUGGCAACACACACGCAGCCUGCCAUUCAUCCGGUAAUAUUAGCAUUAGCACUUAGCAUGGUACGUUCAAAGUUACAUUGAGUUUAAAGUGACGUCAGAAUUGGGCUCAAAAUAGUUAAGUUUGAACAGUUUCAGUUCGACUUUUUGGGUUUGUGGUUUGGUUUAACGUUUAGCUAAGAGUUGGCUUAACGUUCAAUUUAGAAGUGGAUUCAAACAUUAAGUUAAGGCAGGGUAGGACAGUUGGCGGAAGGUGUCUGGUGUUCUAUGUGACAGAAGAGUCUCCGCUAGGAUGAAGGGCAAAGUUUAUAAAACAGCGGUGAAGCCGGGCACGAUGUACGGAUUAGAGACGGUGGCGCUGAAGAGACAACAGGAAGCAGACCUGGAGGCGGCAGAAGUGAAGAUGUCGAGGUUCUCGCUCGGAGUGAGCAGGUCGGAUAGGAUUAGAAAUGAGCUCAUUAGAGGGAGGGCAAACGUUGGAUGUUUUGGAAACGAGGUUGGAUCCAGAGAGCAGACUUGGAUGGUUUGGACGUGUCCGGAGGCGAGAGAGUGAGGAAAUUGGUAGGAGGGUGGGAAGGAUGGAGCUACCAGGGAAGAGAGCGAGAGGAAGACCAAAGAAAAGGUUGAUGGAUCUUGUGAGGGAGGACAUGAGGACAGAGGAAGAUGCACGAGAUAGGCUGAAAAGAAGAAGAAGUUGAGUUUCAAAAGUUAAGUAUCAAAUUAAGAGUUGGAUUUAAAGUUCAGUUUCAGGUGAAUUUAGAACUGCUUUAAAGUUUUUUUCUUUCAAAUCUAGGUUUAAGUUAAGUUUGGAGAUGGGUUCGCAACUCGUUAAGUCGGUUUCAGUUUUGAGGUUACAGUUACCUUUAGAUUGAUUUGAAGUUAAGACGGGAAGUGGAUUUCAACUUUAUGUCACGGUCAGACCCGGAUUUGACGUUCACCUUUGCAGAACGCCCGAUUAGACCUCAAGCAGGCCGAGUUUAGAUUUGAGGUUCGAGCUGGAUUUAAAUUAGGUUGGCUCGAGGGCGAUUGUUACGGAAAGAACAGGGUCGCAAGUUGAGGUCCCGCGUGAGCUUAAAGUGGAUUUCAAUUGACCUUGAUCUCAAGUUUGGGGUUGAGUGCAAACGUUUAGCUUUGGAACUGGACUUCACGUUUGGAUCUGGGUUUCAGGUGGAUGUGAGUGGAAAACGGUCUCACUCAGUCGGAGCUCCACCUGCUUGCCGGAACUAGAAUUUCCUUCAUUAAAGCGGCGUGCCCUCGUAAACGCGCACCAUGCUCAUAAGCGACGCCACGUUACUCUUUUGUCCUUCACCUUGGAGUCAGCCAGCCCUCCCUGAAAUGUCUCCAGCUGGUUCAAAAUGGAACACGCAAGCGGGAGCAAGUACAGUAUCUCGUCUUCUGAGAUUCUGCCCUUUGUCUUCCUCCGGGAUGUCGGACCUCUCUGGCCCGCCAGUGCCAAGUAGGGAUCUCUUGAAAUGUGCAAAAUACUUGUGAAGAUCUUCUGCAUAGGAACGAGAGAACCUCUUAAAGGUUUCGUUUACUUGAAUGCUUUUACAAGGGAGGGAAAUGUAGAAUUCUGGGGGGAAAAUUGGAAUUUUCAGAAUGCGCAAGGUAUUAUUGUCAAUGUCCUGAAUUUUGCGAGAAAUGGAAAUUUGAAUUUUUUUUGUUGCGGAGUCGUCGUGAGUCACCAUUUCCCGUCAGGAUGAGCUAGACCUAGUCUCGUCUAUCCAGAAAUCCAACACCCGCUCGACACACCUCCGAGAAGGAAGCGCUCCUUGUUGCCGGGGACGACCGAGGGGAGCUCGCGGGACUCAGACGCCACACAAAACGGGAAACUAUUGAUGGAUCUGAGCACUGGGCUGCACCUUUUGCAAAAGGUCUCUUCUAAACUUGAUCAAGACCUGAGAGAAAACCAGGAUGGUCUUCAGUUUGUGAGUUUUUAAUGAGAAUAAGCGGACUUUGGAUUGGAUCAAGAAACAACUUUUUUUUUUUUAAAGUCACAAAACGUAUGUGUGAGGCCAUGCACAAAGGUCGGCACUACGCGGAACUUUACGAGAAGGAUCAGGCCAAAUGGGCUCUGCUCCGAAACGUCAACGCCGCUGUGAAACAGAGCACGCUGCUACCGGUAUGAUGCAUCCGCGGCCACUGUGUGUAAAGGUCAUUUCAAGAUGUUUGCAAACGAUACGUAACUGGCAGCUAACAAACUGAAAGCGCGACAAAUUGCUGUGCCUGGGAUCGGGACACUAGCUAUACCCCGAAAGGUUUAGUCCCCCCACUCCCCUCAAUCAAAUUCAAUUUGAAUAAAACCCAAAUAUCUAAAUUGAGUGAGUGAGGAGAUGAAAAUCAAGUGGAUGUCUUAUCUAGUUCUGCACAGACGACAACCCUGUGGCAAAGUCGCCACAGACUGGAAACCAAACCUCCACCGUCGGAUUUGUGACAUGUGUUUUGUUACAGGUAUCCAAAAACUGUUGGGGUGCGUCGAGUACAGAUCCAAAAUAUAAUGGGGAAAAUGCUAUUAAAUGUCAGUUCUGGACCACGGCAUCCAUUUCAGGGUCAUAAAAUCCCAUCGGCACCCUUCAUCCGAGGAACGGGAAAGUCAAGUCCUGAGCUAAUCCUUCAAUGACCACGUUGACUAACCUGAAUUUGCGCUAACUCGACGUCUGAAUAAACUCGUCCGUUCAGACGCAUCAACUGACACUUCACAGACUGAAACUGUGGCAGUGGAAACGAACCCCGCAGUCACCAUUGAAGCCAUUUCCGGUGUUUUUCUAAACACACGAGCAUUUGGAACUCUUGUGUUUUGCCACUGCGCAUUUAAAGGAUGGUUCUAAUGGCCGCAACACUGAACUGUCGUUUCCAGGGUGACUACGUGUGGUUGGACCUGAAGAGCGGUCGGGAGUUUGAGGUUCCGAUUGGAGCGGUGGUGAAACUCUGCGACUCGGGCCAGAUCCAAGUGGUGGAUGAUGAAGGAAAUGAGCACUGGAUCUCCCCCCAGAAUGCCGGAAACAUAAAACCCAUGCAUCCGACCUCCAUCCAUGGUGUGGAGGACAUGAUCCGCCUGGGGGACCUCAACGAGGCCGGGAUCUUGCGCAACCUGCUCAUCAGAUACAGCGAAAAGCUCAUCUACACAUACACGGGCUCCAUUCUGGUGGCUAUCAACCCGUAUCAGCUGCUUCCCAUCUACACAGCGGACCAGAUCCGCCUGUACACCAACAAGAAGAUCGGCGAGAUGCCUCCUCACAUUUUCGCCAUCGCAGACAACUGUUACUUCAACAUGCAGAGGAACAACCGCGACCAGUGCUGCAUCAUCAGCGGAGAGUCUGGAGCGGGUAAGACCGAAAGCACCAAGCUUAUCCUGCAGUUCCUGGCGGCCAUCAGCGGCCAACACUCGUGGAUCGAGCAGCAGGUCCUGGAGGCCAAUCCCAUUCUGGAGGCCUUCGGAAACGCAAAGACCAUUCGCAACGACAACUCGUCCCGCUUCGGCAAGUACAUCGACAUCCACUUCAACAAGAGGGGAGCCAUCGAGGGCGCCAAGAUCGAACAAUACCUGCUGGAGAAGUCGCGAGUCUGUCGGCAGGCUCAGGACGAGAGGAACUACCACAUCUUCUACUGCAUGUUGAAGGGCAUGACGGCGACCGACAAGAAGAAGCUGGGACUCAGCAAGGCCACAGACUACACAUACCUCACCAUAGGAAAGUGUACGGUGUGUGACGGUCGUGACGACAUGAAAGAAUACUCCAAUAUACGCUCAGCCAUGAAGGUUCUGAUGUUCACGGACAAAGAGAAUUGGGAAAUCUCCAAACUGCUGGCGUCCAUUUUACACAUGGGCAACCUGCGCUACGAAGCACGAACGUACGACAACUUGGACGCCUGCGAGGUCGUACCCAGCGCGCAUCUUUCCAGCACGUCUGCGCUGCUAGAGGUGGACGGCAAGGACCUGAUGAACUGCCUGACGAGCCGGACGCUGAUCACCAGGGGAGAAACCGUGUCCACGCCGCUCAGCAUGCAGCAAGCGCUGGACGUGCGGGACGCCUUCGUCAAGGGGAUUUACGGCCGCCUGUUCGUGUGGAUCGUGGACAAGAUCAACGCCGCCAUCUACAAGCCUUCGUCCUCGCACGGCAAAGUCGUCAGGCGCUCCAUCGGACUGCUGGACAUUUUCGGCUUCGAGAACUUCGCCGUCAACAGGUACGGCGCGGAGUCGCGCGCAACAGCACCCGCGCGCGGCGCUAAGCGGGCGUGCGUCUGCAGUUUCGAGCAGCUGUGCAUCAACUUCGCCAACGAGAACCUGCAGCAGUUCUUCGUGCGCCACGUCUUCAAGCUGGAGCAGGAGGAGUACAACCUGGAGAACAUCAACUGGCAGCACAUCGAGUUCACCGACAACCAGGACGCCCUCGACAUGAUCGCCGUCAAGCCCAUGAACAUCAUCUCGCUCAUCGACGAGGAGAGCCGCUUCCCCAAGGGUACAGACAGCACCAUGUUGAAUAAACUCAACUUCCAGCACAAAGUGAACAGCAACUACAUUCCGCCCAAGAACAACCACGAAACUCAGUUUGGGAUCCAGCACUUUGCCGGCGUGGUCUACUACGAAACCCGAGGCUUCCUGGAGAAGAACCGGGACACGUUGUACGGCGACAUCAUCCAGCUGGUUCACUCCUCCAAGAACAAGUUCGUCAAGCAGAUUUUCCAGGCUGACGUUGCCAUGUUUCUCUGUGGUUUUGCCCCCUGUCUCCAUCUUCCAACCGGCUCGCUGCCAAAGGGCGCAGAGACCAGGAAGCGGUCUCCCACGCUCAGCAGUCAGUUCAAGAAAUCUCUGGAGUUGCUGAUGAGGACGUUGAGCGUCUGUCAGCCAUUUUUCGUACGCUGCAUCAAACCCAACGAGUACAAGAAGCCCAUGCUGUUUGACCGGGACCUGUGCGUGCGCCAGCUGAGGUACUCGGGAAUGAUGGAGACCAUCCGCAUCCGCCGCGCAGGCUACCCCAUCCGCUACACCUUCGUGGAGUUUGUGGACCGCUACCGCGUGCUCAUGCCUGGAGUCAAACCCGCCUACAAGCAGGAGGACCUGAGAGGGACGUGCCAGAGGAUCGCCGAGGCCGUGCUGGGCCGCGACGACGACUGGCAGAUGGGAAAGACCAAGAUCUUCCUCAAGGAUCAUCACGAUAUGCUACUGGAGAUCGAGAGGGACAAGGCCAUCACGGACAAGGUCAUCCUCAUCCAGAAGGUGGUGCGGGGUUUCAAGGACAGAUCAAACUUCCUGAGGAUGAGGAAGUCGGCCGUGCUGAUUCAGAAGACCUGGCGGGGAUAUCAGUGCAGGAAGAACUACGGCGCUAUGCGGGCGGGCUUCUCUCGCCUCCAGGCUCUGGUGCGCGCCAGGAAGCUGUGCGCCUCGUACCACGUGGCCCGCCAGCGCAUCACCGGCUUCCAGGGCCGAUGCCGAGGCUUCCUGGUGCGGCGCGCCUUCAGACACCGCCUGUGGGCCGUCUUCACCGUCCAGGCGUACACCCGAGGGAUGAUUGCGCGCAGGCUCUACCGCAGGCUCAGGGGCGAGUACCGAAGGAGGCUGGAGGCUGAGAAGAUGCGUCUGGCCGAAGAGACCAAGCUGAGGAACCAGAUGUCUGCAAAGAGGGCCAAGGCCGAAGCGGAACGCAAACAUCAGGAGCGUCUGGUCCAGCUGGCCAAAGAGGAUGCCGAGCGUGAGAAGAAAGAAAAAGAGGAGGCGAGGAGGAAGAAAGAGCUGGUCGAGCAGACAGAGCGGGCCCGUUUGGAACCAGUUAAUGACUCAGAGAUGGUGGACAAAAUGUUCGGCUUCCUUGGGACCACCAGCUCCUUUCCCGGCCAGGAGGGACAACCACCCGCCGGCUUCGAGGACUUGGAGCGGACCCACCGGGAGCUGGAGGAGGAGGACCUGGACGAGGCUCUUCCUCUGCCGGAGGACGACGAGGAGGAGGAUCUGUCAGAGUACAAGUUUGCCAAGUUUGCAGCCACCUAUUUCCAGGGAACCACGACGAACACCUACGUCAGACGACCGCUCAAGCAACCGCUCCUUUUCCAUGAAGAUGAAGGAGACCAGCUGGCAGCCCUGGCCGUGUGGAUAACCGUGCUGAGGUUCAUGGGGGAUCUGCCAGAGCCCAAGUAUCACACGGCCAUCAGCGACGGGAGCGAGAAGAUUCCGGUCAUGACCAAGAUCUACGAGACCCUCGGGAAGAAGACGUACAAGAGGGAGCUGCAGGCCCUCCAGGCAGAGGCAGAGACUCCUCCGUCCGACAGCCAUCGCAAAAACAGCAUCCGACACAAGUUGGUCUCUCUCACCCUGAAGAAGAAAUCCAAGAUCACAGAGGAGGUCACUAAACGCCUCAAUGAUGGAGAGCAUGGUCUCCAUGGUAACAGCAUGUUGGAGGACCGCCCGACAUCCAACCUGGAGAAACUUCACUUCAUCAUCGGGAAUGGCAUCCUGAGGCCAGCAUUGAGGGAUGAGAUCUAUUGUCAGAUCUGCAAGCAGCUGAGUCAGAACCCAUCCAAGAGCUCACACGCUCGAGGCUGGAUCCUCAUCAGUUUGUGCGUUGGCUGCUUCGCACCGUCAGACAAGUUCCUCAAGUACCUGAGGAACUUCAUCAGCAGUGGGCCACCGGGUUACGCCCCAUACUGUGAAGAACGACUCAGAAGAACGUUCGUUAAUGGUACCAGAACACAACCUCCAUCUUGGCUGGAGCUGCAGGCAACCAAGUCCAAGAAACCAAUCAUGCUGCCGGUGACGUUCAUGGACGGAACCACCAAAACACUGCUGACGGACUCGGCGACCACCGCCAAGGAGCUCUGCAACACACUUGCCGACAAGAUCAGCCUGCACGACCGAUUCGGCUUCUCGCUCUAUAUCGCGCUCUUUGACAAGGUGUCGUCGUUGGGCAGCGGGAACGACCACGUGAUGGACGCAGUGUCACAGUGCGAGCAGUACGCCAAGGAGCAGGGAGCCCAGGAGAGAAACGCCCCCUGGCGGCUGUUCUUCAGGAAAGAGAUCUUCACGCCGUGGCACUGCGCCUCCGAUGACACGGUCGCCACCAACCUCAUCUACCAGCAAACCGUCAGGGGCGUCAAGUUUGGAGAGUACCGCUGUGACCGGGACGACCUAGCAGAACUUGCGUCUCAGCAGUACUACGUGGAUUACGGCUCGGAGCUCCUGCUGGAACGCCUGCUGAGCCUCAUCCCGUCCUAUAUCCCCGACAGAGAGAUCAGCACAUCGAGAACGGUGGAGAAGUGGUCACACUUCAUCAUGGCAGCACACAAAAAGGGCAUCUACACCCAGAAGAGGUUUGAUCCCCAGAAGGUGAAAGAGGAAGUGGUAGACUUUGCUCGCCACAAGUGGCCUCUGCUCUUCUCUAGAUUCUACGAAGCCUUCAAGUUCUCUGGUCCAAGUCUGCCCAAGAACGACCUCAUUGUUGCGGUCAACUGGACCGGGGUAUACUUUGUGGAUGAGCAAGAGCAGGUCCUGCUAGAACUUUCCUUCCCAGAAAUCACUGCGGUGUCUAGCAGCAGGGGCGGAAAGUUGCAGAGUCAGAGCUUCACGCUGGCAACCAUCAAAGGAGAUGAGUACACUUUCACCUCUAAUAAUGCUGAGGACAUCCAAGAUCUGGUGGUGACCUUCCUGGAAGGCCUGAGGAACAGGUCCAAGUUUGUUGUGGCGCUACAGGACAGUCCCAAUCAGAAUGGUGAACCGUCCACGUUCCUGAGUUUCCAGAAGGGAGACCUGAUACUGCUGGACCAGGACACCGGAGAGCAGGUUCUCAACUCGGGCUGGGCGCACGGCGUAAAUGAAAGAACCAACCAGAGAGGAGACUUCCCGGCAGACUCGGUCUACGUCCUGCCCACCAUGACACGACCGCAGCAGGAGAUCGUGGCGUUGGUCACCAUGACACCAGAUCAGCGGCAGCAGACAGCAAGGGUCUCGCAACUUGUCCUGCCUGACAGCGAAGACUCUGUCAAACCUUACACACUGGAGGAAUUCUCUAAUGACUACUUUAGGCCUCCACCCAAGCACACCCUGAGCAGGGUGAUGGUCACAAAGAACCGAGGCAAGGAUAAGCUGUGGAGCUGCACCAGGGAGCCUCUCAAACAGCCCCUGCUGAAGAAGGUGGUCCACCACGAGGAGCUUGCUCAGGAGGCCUGUAUGGCCUUCAUCGCUGUGAUGAAGUACAUGGGCGACUACCCGUCCAAGCGCACUCGCUCAGUCAACGAGUUGACGGACCAGAUGUUCGAGUGCGCGCUGAAGGCCGAGCCCCUGAAGGACGAGAUUUUCUGCCAGAUCAUCAAGCAGCUCACCGACAACCACGUCAAGUACAGCGAGGAGAAAGGCUGGGAGCUGCUUUGGUUGUGCACGGGCCUCUUCCCUCCCAGCAACGUGCUGCUGCCGCACGUCCAGCGCUUCCUGCAGUCCGAGAGGCGACACUCGCUCUCGACCGACUGCAUGCACAGGCUGCACAAAGCCGUACGAAACGGGUCCAGGAAGUACCCGCCUCAUCUGGUGGAAGUGGAGGCCAUCCAGCACAAGACCACGCAGAUCUUCCACAAGGUUUACUUCCCUGACGACACUGAUGAGGCGUUUGAGGUGGAGUCCGGCACCAGAGCCAAGGACCUGUGCCAGAACAUCGCCAGCAGACUGCUGCUCAAGUCCCCGGAAGGAUUCAGCCUCUUCGUCAAGAUCUCGGACAAGGUGAUCAGCGUUCCAGAGGGAGACUUCUUCUUUGACUUUGUCCGACAUCUGACGGACUGGAUCAAGAAAUCACGGCCAGUCAAAGACGGAGUGGUUCCCUCGCUGACCUAUCAGGUGUUCUUCAUGAAGAAGUUGUGGACCAGCACCGUUCCCGGCAAGGACUCCUUCGCCGACUCCAUCUUCCACUACUACCAGGAGCUGCCCAAAUACCUGCGCGGCUACCACAAGUGUUCGCGAGACGAAGUCCUCCAGCUGGCGGCGCUCAUCUACCGCGUCAAGUUCGAGGACGACAAGUCCCACUUUCCCGCCAUUCCCAAGAUGCUGCGCGAGCUGGUCCCGCAGGAUCUCAUCCGCCAGAUGUCACCAGAUGACUGGAAGAGGUCGGUGGUGGCCUUCUUCAACAAGCAAGCCGGUAAAUCCAGAGAAGAAGCCAAACUGAUGUUUCUUAAAAUCAUCUACAAAUGGCCGACAUUUGGCUCCGCCUUCUUUGAAGUCAAGCAAACCACGGAGCCCAACUACCCGGAGAUCCUCCUGAUCGCCAUCAAUAAACAUGGAGUCAGCCUCAUCGACCCAAAGACCAAGGACGUUCUGAUCACCCAUCCCUUCACCAAGAUCUCCAACUGGAGCAGCGGGAACACAUACUUCCACAUCACCAUCGGAAACCUCGUCAGAGGAAGCAAACUCCUCUGCGAAACCUCCCUGGGCUACAAGAUGGACGACCUGCUGACGUCGUACAUCAGCCAGAUGCUGACCGCCAUGAACAAGCAGCGGUCCGAGCGCGCCCGCGCCAAGUGAACGUCCUAUUGGCUGGAGGCCGCCGAGCUCGCCCGUCUGCUGCGCCCUAUUGGCCAGCACUGCAGCUGGGGGCGGACCUUCGCCCACCAGCUCUGGCGAAUGAGUCGCCGGCCUUCUGUCGACUCGGACCACCGGAAUCUCCCCGAGGGGGCUUCCGCCGGAAGGGAAAGCGGCGACGGCGACUGGAGCAGUUACCGUGACGACGAGCCGUCCAGCGAGGACGACUCCCUCUAAAUUGUUUGUGGAGAACAUUAUGAAAGCACACCUUGUGCUAACCGCUCAUUUCUACGCUAUCUCACAUGUAUUUUUUCUUUAACUUGGUUUACAAUACACGAUGGGAUCAUUUCCGGUGACGUCACCACCGUCCCAGGAUUCCCUUUUUCUUCGACGUCAUAACUUGUUGACCAAUCGGAUGGAUUAACGAUAGAAAAAAACUUCACGCUUCACCUAUCGAGCCAGUUCGCCGCCAUUUUGGUACUCCCAAAACGUGUGUUUACGGUUGGAUUAUGGUGGGGGUUUUCCUCAAAGUUUGGCAUGGAGAAUUAAAAUUGGUCACGUGAGCUUGACAGUUUUUUCAGUUAUGGUAACAUGAAGGAUUUUUUAAUUCGACUUGUUAAGACAAAAAAGGUGAAGUGCAAACGAAAGACAGGAGGAAACCUUGCGUAUUACCGAGCGCCCGAUUUCCGUGUGACAUGUUAACUUUUCGCAAAAUACGCUGCGAAGCACUGUCAUCAUAACAUCGCAAAAUAUAUAUAUAUUUUUUUGUCAUAAAAACAUUCAAUUUUAAGUCAAUUAGUGAGAUAUAUUUUUGGAAAUAAGGACUCGCAAUGGGAAAAUACAUGCUAAACGCAUUGUUCAUUUGUCGUCUCUGCAACGUCCUAUUAUAGAAAAUUUCAACUUGUUUCCUCGGAUUUGAAAAACAAAUUCAAUUUUUGGAGUUCUGUAUUAUGAAAUUUAUCCAAAAAAAUUCGCAGAAAUUGUGUUUUUCUUGCUUAUCCACUGGUGAAGUUUGGGAAAAUAUUGACAUUGCUUUUUUGCGAAAAACCGUCGGCCUGUAAAGGUGAAGCGGAGAGUGAACAGCGAAC